CAGCUUGGGGUCUAGGUAGGCUCGUCUGCUUCGUCCCACUCCCUGGGAUCUGGGCGCUCCUGCAGAGAGGUCUGUGGGGAGAAGCCCCCGGUUCUCCGCCCCGGCUCUGCAGCUGCGAGCAGCCCCGCCGGCCUCUCCCGCCUGCCCUGAGAUCCCGCGGAAUCCCUGCAAAACCCCCGCCCGCCCGCCCGCCCGGGCAGAAGGAUCCCUGAGGAUGAGCGGCUGCCUCCCCGCGGGCUUCUCCUCCGCCUUGCUCCUCGGAGUCUUCCUGGGCUGGACACUUUCCGGCAGCAGGUUGGCCCGGAGCUCCUCAGACUUCUCAGAGAAAAUGGACGACGGAGCAGCAGCAGAAGGAAUGUCGAAGAAGAUGGCCAAGGGGACAGGAGCCGGCAAUUCAAAUCCAGCCCCACAGUUAUUGUCUGAAGGUUAUAUAGCGAGUAUUUUAAAGAAUUACACGGACCACGCCUGUGACGGGGACUAUGUCUUGCUGAGAUGCCCACACAGAACCACCAUCAGUAUCCAGGCAUCUUUUUAUGGCCGGCUGGUGCCGAGCCAUCAAAUGUGUCCUUCCCGCUACCCACAGUCCUCUGCCACUCUGGUCAAGGAGGAUGUUUCCUGUUCUGCCAGUACUUCCCUUCAGAAGAUACUGGAAGAGUGUCAGGACAAAAGGAGUUGCCAAUUUCUUGUCAACAAUCGACUGUUUGGUGUCGAUCCGUGCCCUGGAACCAGCAAGUACCUCCUUGUGUGGUAUAAAUGCAGGCCAAAUGAGUAUAAGAGUAAAGUAGCCUGUGAAGAUGAUAAACUUCGACUGAGCUGCAAACGAAGCUUGGUGAUAGCUAUUUACUCUGCCAUCUUUGGAAGAAACCAUGGAGGGAACCUGGAAUGUCCCUACCACGAUCUAGGAAUCCCUGCAAUAGCAUGCCACUCUGACAACGCCCUUCAGCUCAUGACGAGGCGCUGCCAUGGCAAGCGGACCUGCAGUGUGUAUGCCAGCACUUACGAAUUUGGAGACCCAUGUUACCCAGUUGGCAUCCCCAAACACCUCAAUGUUAUCUACACAUGCGUGCCCAAGAAACUGCUGCAUGAAACUCAGCCAAACCCCACAAGCUACCAGGGGGUUCCACAGACCCGUUUCCCACAACUGCCAAGAGAACCCGAUCCAAACGUCAUAGGAGACGGAACGUUUAUCUCUGAUGCCUCAUCCUCCACUGCAGAUCACAUCCUUCCAGAAAAGGAAAAAGGGAGGUCCGCUGCUACCUUUUAUCCAUUAGACACCCGGCCGUUGCUGCUCCCGGUGGAUGAGAGGACCGUGGUCAGCAACACGAUGGAGCCUGCGGGUACCGGCGCAGAGAUGGAACUGCUAAGCAACAUCCUGGCUGCAUCUUCCUUCAUCACAGAAAACCCGGAGCGAGCUGCUCUGUAUUUUGUCUCUGGCGUUUGCAUCGGACUUCUCCUGACCCUGCUUGCUUUGGUGCUCCGCGUUUCUUGUCGGACCGACUGCAAACGAUCACGGCCAAAGAAGCCGCCACGGGAAACCGGCAGUGACAGCAGCGAGAGCGACGAUGACUCGGACACAAUGUCGGACCUGUCAGCCCGCCGACAUCGCAGGUUCGAAAGGACUUUGAACAUGAACGUCUUCACCUCUGCCGAGGAGCUGGAGAGGGCCCAGCGGCUGGAGGAAAGGGAGCGCAUCAUCCGAGAAAUAUGGAUGAACGGACAGCCAGAUAUUCCGGGGACCAGGAGCCUGAACCGCUACUACUAACAGCUGGCCCAGUUGAGUCUUUGGCACUACAUGGAUGAUACCUUUUUUACGCCAGCGAGGCUGGAAGAAGGCAGAGAGGUGACUCGAAUGUCUUCCUUUCCUUUCCAAAGAGCUGAUAGAAGGAUCGUCAACAACAAGCAAUGCAACUUCCCAUCAUUCCCUUUAAGCCUCGGAAUGGCUACACAAGCCAGGUUGACCACCAAAAAGUAUUUCUUUACACGUGCAUGAAAUCUCUCUCGUUACAGGAGAAAGGACGGCCAGUUGGUGUCAUUCUGAAGUGGACACCUGAGAUUAGCACUUGAUAUUCUGGAAGAUUUGGAAAUUAUGGCACAGAUUCUUUUACUGUUGUUUUGCAGGGGAGGGGGGGGGGUUGUUUUUGGUUUUUGUGUGUUACGAUGAGGAGCUUGGUAACAAAUAUUAUAAGACUGAUGGGUUGGAUCCAGAGGACUUCUGUUAAUUCAGUGGACAGUUUUGUCUGUGCAAGGAGGUGGGGAGACUCCACUUUCUGUAGGUUCACGGCCCCCUCUGGGAUCCCUCCGUGUUUGUGAGGCUCAUAACAUUGCCAGCCCCAGGUUGGGGGAUACCUGGAGAUUUGGAGGGGGAGCCUGAGGGGGGGAGGGUUUAGGGAGGGGGAGGACUUCAGUGGGGUUCGACGCCACUUGUGCUCCUCAGAUCCAACCCCAUGUUGGUGACGAACAAACUGCAGCUCACAAUCACAGAGAAUGAUGGUUUUGUAUCAUCAGAAAGUUGCGGAAUGACCCUAGUUGGAAAAAAGAAGAAAGAAAACGAGGAGGAGGAAGAGGACGAAGGCCGCUUCAGAAACUGGGAAUUCCUCUACUAUGAAAUCAUCUCAGUGCUUGGAUGUUCAGUACUUUAUAUCUUAUUUAAGACUGGUUUUUUAAAAGCCUUUCUUUUCAGAGGCAGCAUUUCUUUCUUUUUUUUAACUGACAACUCAGGGAUAAAAUCCUUCCCCACAACCCGAGUGAAUUGAUGCCCCCGUCUGUCCUUCCUUUCUAUAUGUUCUUCCAGCAGGGACCAUACGAUGUUACAGGAGCUGUGCCAGUGAUGGGUAAACUGUUAACAACCUCAAAGAGGUUGAAAGAUUUUUCUGUUUGUUUGCUUGAAGAAAUAUAUAUAUAUAUAUAUUUGAAGAUGCUGCACAAUGAUGUGCCUUAUUGAUUAAAAAACAGUUUUCUUACAGGCAAA